AUGACACAACAUGACAAUUCAACCACCACCACCACCACCCCCACGUGUAUGGAAGUUCCGCUCCAAAUUGGUCGAAAAAACAAGACAACUAUAGAUACCACUGAUGUUUUCACAACUUCAGAGAGAUUUGUCACACGGGAAGAAGUUAUCCGUUGGGUUAAAGAGACCGGAAUCAACAAUAAAGUGACAGUUAUUAUCGCGCGUUCAGACACCGAAACAGGCAAAAGAGGAAGAAGUAACAAAGUGAUAUUUGGGUGCGAUAAAGGUGGAAAAUAUAAGGAUAAAAGUGAGACUCAAAGUGCUACUAAGAGAUGUGGAUGUCCAUUCAAAAUCAAAUCGACUCCGGCAAAAGAUGGGCCUGGAUGGAAGGUUGAUGUAAAAUGUGGAGUUCAUAAUCAUGGUUUACCAGAUAGAUUAGAAGGUCACUCAUUUGUUGGUAGGUUGACAACUGAUGAGAAGCAGCAUGUUGCUGAUUUGACAAAGAGACAUGUUCCGCCUAGACACAUAUUAAUUUCUUUGCAAGAGCGAGAUCCUGAGAACGUCACUCGGAUCACGCAAAUAUACAAGCAUAAGAGUGUGAUUGAAGCGGAGAUAAGAGGUCCAAGAAGUGAGAUACAACAUUUACUUAAGCUUAUAAAGGAGGCGAACUAUGUUUAUUGGAGUAGGAAACGGGAUGAUUGUGAAGUUACAGAGAGUUAUUGUUGGGUCUUGGAUAAGCUGAAGCAAUUGUUUGUGAAGAAAGAUGUGGUUCCACAAGUGAUUCUGACGGAUAGAGAUCUUGCUUUGAUGAAAGCAGUUGAAGUUGUUUUUCCUACGCCGCAUAACUUGCUAUGUCGUUUUCAUAUUAACAAAAAUGUUGGGAUGAAAUGCAAAGAAUAUGUGAUGAAAGACAUGCAAGAGACGAUAGGCACAUUGUGGAAAGAUGUUGUAUGGGCUAGUAAUGAGGUUGAGUACGGUGUACGGUUGCAAUAUCUUGAACAAGCAUGCUUUGCUUGUAAUGACUUCCUCGAUUACGUGAAGAACACAUGGUUGAUCCCACAUAGGCAAAGAUUUGUAGGCGCAUGGAUUAAUCGAGUGCUUCAUUUUGGUAACACCACGACUAAUCGGGUUGAAUCUGCACAUUGGAAGCUAAAGCAGAUGAUAGGGAACAGCCUUGGUGACAUGGUCAAAGUUUGGGAAGCUAUGAAUUCUAACCUAAAAAUACAAAUAGGUAACAUUCGAGCUUCGUUUCAAAAAAGUUUUUAUGAGGUUGAGCACGCACACAUUAGUCCAUUUUAUGAUAAUAUGCGUGGUUCAGUAUCGAGAGCUGCUUUGAGACGCAUUGCAGAAGAGUUAUUGAGGCUUGAUUAUGUGUUAAAUAGUAGGGAAGUAUGUGGUUGUACUAUGAGAACAAGUUAUGGGCUACCUUGUGCUUGUGAGAUGGGAAGAUUGAUUGUUGUUGGAAUCCCAUUACAAAUAGAAAGUGUUUAUCUUCAAUGGAGGAUACUAUCUAUGGAAGGUGACUUGCCUUUAGAUGAGGAAGCUGGUUCGGAAGUGGAUAUGAGUAAUGCAAUUGAUGAAUUGUGGAGAAGGGUUUGUGACAUUGCAUAUCCCACAACAACUUCAUUGUGUCCACCACCUGAGAAAAUAAAAACUAAAGGCGGAGUGAAGAGGAAAGGGAAGAAACCAGUUGGGUAUGAUGUUUAUAGGGAUCCUUCGGGUUUUGAGUAUGCUGAUCAGACGUCUCAAUCUUCACAAAAACAAUCGCAAGCAUCACAAACUUCCAGGAAGCAAUCACAAUCAAAGAGGCAAUCACAAUCAAAGAACCAGGAUUUCACUCUUCAGUUUCCUUGUCAUAUUAGGCCAUAUAUUACCGAGAUUGUUAAUGUUGAAGCAGAUGGUAAUUGUGGAUUUAGAGCCAUUGCAUCGUUUCAUGGGUAUAGUGAGGAUGGUUGGGCAAUGGUUCGUCGUGACUUGGACAUGGAAUUAAGAGAAAAGAAGGACUUAUAUGAGAGAUUGUUCGGUCCAAAGUUAUUCGAAGUGAGAAAUGGAUUGUUGAUAGAUAAUGUUGGUUUUCAACCACCGGAGAAAUGGAUGUCACUACCAGAGAUGGGCUAUUUGAUAGCGAAUCGAUAUAACGUCAUUCUUGUGCAUUUAGGUAACCCUUGCUUGACUUUUUUUCCCAUGACAACAACAUUUUCUCCAAGUGCUCCUACAUAUUGCAUUGGCCUUGUCAACAGGAAUCAUUGGAUUCGGGUUAAUAUGAAAGAAGGCUUCCCACUGCCCCCCGUCACGUUGGAUUGGAUGAAGUUUCGUUUUUAA